UUGCAUCAUAGGCACGUGACCGCAUUGCGUCAAGCGUUUUCCAGAUAAUCCGGGGCCUGGCCAAUUUAUUUCCAAGUUUCAUUUCACCAUAUCCAGACCUACGGAACCUGAAAUACAGCCAGUUCUGACAUAGGUAGAACAGAAAAUUCAUUCUCACAAUGUCAUUGUCAUUGCACCCUUCCACAAGAGCCAUGCUCAGCCGAGCGCUCUUCAACUCCAGAUUGCCGGCAGUUGAAUCCGCUUCCGGAACCGUUGUUGCAUUCAGAUCUCGCAGGACUUUUUACAAUUCAGCCCAACUACCUGUUCUCACAGCAUCAUCAACGCGUCGCCGGCCAACUUUGCGACCAUACCAGCAGCCUGCAACUCAAAAUGCGGUGAAUGGCCCAUCCCCGGUGACCAAAAGGACAAUAUUUAUCCAGACCGAAAACACACCGAAUCCUGAUGCGUUGAAAUUCAUCCCUAAUCAUCGUAUUCUUCCCGAAGAUUUCCCUACUACUUUUAUCGAAUAUCUCUCUCCGCGAUCCACUCUCGCGCCACCCCAUCCAUCUCCUCUGGCGGCGAAGUUGCUCAAUGUUGAAGGUGUCUCAUCGGUGUUUUACGGCCCUGAUUUUAUUACCGUGACUAAAGUGAGCGAUGCAAACUGGGUUCAUAUCAAACCGGAGAUAUUCAGUCUGAUUACAGAGGCGGUGACUAGUGGCGAGACUAUCGUGAAUUCUGUGGCGAAAACAUCAGGAGAACAUGCACAGGAAGGUGGAGGGGAGGAGUCAUUGGGGUAUAACGAAGAGGACGAUGAAGUUAUCGGGAUGAUCAAGGAGCUUUUGGAAACGCGGAUCCGACCUGCCAUCCAGGAAGACGGGGGGGAUAUUGAGUUCCGUGGAUUCGAAAACGGAACCGUACUUUUGAAGUUGCGCGGUGCUUGCCGCACCUGCGAUUCGAGCACGGUCACGCUGAAGAAUGGCAUCGAGUCGAUGCUGAUGCAUUAUAUUGAAGAGGUAAAGGCUGUCGAACAGGUGAUGGAUCCAGAGGAAGAGAUAUCCAUGCAUGAAUUUGCCAAGUUCGAACAGAAGCUGCGCGAGCAGAAGGGGGCACAGGCUACUGCAUCGACGGGUGGAAAGGGAACGUUGGAUACUGUGGCUUGAAGAAUCCUAUUUCUCGACGCUUAUGGCCUGGUCUGCCAGUAGAGAGAAUUGCAUGUAGAUUCAGAGGCGCUCGUUUUUUAGAUCUUGUGACGUUAUACUGUAAUUGCAUAUACCACAUAGAAUACAUUUAACUGAUGGCCAG